GAUCGAGUACGUAAGAAAAUUUUCAACAGAGUGAACAACGUCGAAUGCACGCGAGUUUACAUUGCAGUGAAAAUUCCCUUGAAAAGCGAGUGAAAAUGUGUCCAAUCUAGGCAAAAAGUAGUGAAAUUUGUGACUGAAGGUAAGCGGAACGUUUUACGGUUGGAAGUUGCCGGAAGUGAUCGUUUUCCGCCGGGAAAAAGGCGAAAAUAGUUUGCAUCUCGAGCCCCGUACGCCAUAGUGACGGCAGUUACAUAUUCACCGAACAGUGUUGGAUUAUCAUUAACGAGCUCUCGGAACGAAGAUAAUUUCAAGUGCUAAGUAGUGCGAAGAGAAGUGUGUGGAAACCCGCCGGUAGGGGUAAUUCCCACCUAGGCUAGGGGGGAAUAUUAAGUUUAGUGAUAUACUGGGAGUGAGUGCAGUUUUUAAGUGGGUGUUGAAAUCAAAAUACUAACGUUAUAAAACGAUGGCAGCAACAAUGGACCAGGCAGCCGUGCAGCGGCGGUCCAAGGAAAUCGAAACGGAAUACCUGUCCAGUCUGGCCGAUCUGAACGUCAACAGCAAGCCGCUGAUCAACAUGCUGACGAUUCUGGCUGAGGAGAAUCUGGACUACGCUCCGAUCAUCGUGAAUGCCGUCGAGAAGCAUCUGGCUAAGGUGCAGCCAGAAUUCAAGUUACCUAUCCUGUACCUGGUUGAUUCCAUCGUGAAGAACGUUGGCAAACAAUAUCAGCAACUGUUCAGUCAGGUUAUUGUAAAUAUGUUCUGCGGUGUUUUCGAAACGGUGAAUGAGAAAGUUCGUGAAAAGAUGUUCAGUCUACGGCAGACAUGGAAUGAAGUGUUUCCACAGUCCAAGCUGUACGCUCUGGACAUCAAGAUCAACUCGAUCGAUCCCGGAUGGCCGAUCACCGCACAGUUGAAAACGCCGAAAUCUCCAGCCAUCCACGUUAAUCCUAUGUUCCUUAAGAAUCAGCAGAUACCUGAACCAAAUCUUGAUAUGCAACAACAGCUUCGCGAUAAACAACGUGAACUAUUGGAGCUUCAGGCCAAAAAGCUCGAACUGGAGCUUAUAGCUACGAAAAAGCGUAUCGAAGAGCAGGAAAAGUUGUUGGUUGCCCAAACGGCAAGUGUAACUAAAGAGCCCGUUCCUGAUCUGAAGCGUCCUGCUACUGUGAUCGGUUCGAAUCAUGUUCCGCCACCUCGGGGCCGUAUUGCUCCACCGAAUGCGGCGAUGAUCAACCUAGCUAAAUCCCGUGAUCCUCGGUUAGCACGACAACAGGCACAACUUGCAGCACAAAUGGUAGCGGCCAGCACCAAUUCAACACCAACGAUGGUUGGAGGUACCCAGAUUCCUCCACAUAAUCCGAUCGUUCUCGAUCAGUCCGGUAAACCAGUCAGCAUUAGGGAACGUUUGGGAAGGAUACCCAAACGGACCGAUCCACGUAUCAAACCUAGUGGAACCGACGUUGAUCGUAGGAAACCUUCUAGUACCGCUACGAGUAGCAGUGUUAACAAUUCGUCAUCGCCAUCACACAAAUCUCGGAGUGAGAACGACGCUUCCAAGAAGCGCGAGAAGAAGGAUGAGUUGUCACCAAAAUCGGCCAGAAGCUCUUCUUCAAAGCCAUCAUCGUCGGAUAAAAAGAAACUAUCGGCCGAUGCUUUAUCCCCGAAGAGCAGUUCUCCUCUUAAGAAGAAGACUUCAUCCCUUUCGGAAAAGUCUCCUUCUCGGAGCGAGAAAACUUCUCCCAAAUCGCGAGAAGGUAAAGUAAGUAAAGGAAACAAAUCCUCUACUCGACGUCCUGGAGACAUUGCAAAGAAUUCCGAGGAUUCCUCCGUUUCACCAUCGUCCAGCAGCGAAAAUCUGAUGCCCGUUGCCAACGAGUCCAAGGAUGUGGAUCUACGACUUUUGAUACCAGAGAAAAAGCUUAAACUGGAGCAGCAGCAACCCCCGCAGCAUCCUCAGGCAAAAUUAGUUAGCAAACCACUACCAGAUCAAAAGAAAGCCUUGGGAGAAGCAGUUGAUGCAGACAACGUACCUUCAGCACUGGCAGCCGUGUCCAGGGACGUCGAUCUUCGCAUUCCACCCCCCGGUCUUCUGAAGGAUGUUUCCGACAGCGUUGUGGUAUCUUCGACGGCGGGAUUGCCCAUUGUGGCUCCGGUUACCGGCAUUGAGUCGGGGCCGAGCAUCGACAGUAUGCCAGCAGUAACGACAGCUGCCAGAGCAGGUUCACCAUCGGAGACGGCAGUCAAGAAGCGGCCAAGUAAUCACAAGCUGGAAGAACCAGUGAACAAGAAACCCAAGUCGGAGAAAAUCGAUGGAUUGUUCGGUAGCGAAGAUGUUGACCUGAGGAAGUUAGCAGGACCGAUGCAUCCUAUCGAACCUCUUCCACCGCCACCACCAAUCAUUUCGGAAGCAACGCGACCGACCUUACAGGACACACCUCAGGUUGAAUCUCUGGAGAAACAACUUGGUGCUCCUUCGUCUAAAGCAGCUCUUGAAGCGGUUCGAGCCAAGAUAGCCGAGGCCACGAAGAACAAGGAUCGUGAUAAGCUGGGACGGCCCUUAUUGUACAAUAAACUAUCAGAUGAUCCUGUUGAACGGCGUCGCUCGUUAAAUCAGCCCAAAGCGAUGGACGUGGAUCUGCGUCAGCAGCAACCCCAAUUCCCUCCAGCGGAUCCGUUUGGCGAAGAUAACUCCCAGGAUGGAAUGAAUGCCAACAUCAAAACGAUUGUCGCCCAAGCACAAGAGCAGAUGGAGAAGGGCGAAAUCACUCCGGAGCAGUACAACAUACUGAUGAAGCAAGUAAUUCAGCUGAACGAGACCCAAAAGAUUCGGCAGGCUCAACGCAUGGAAAUGAUGAAGCGACAGCAAAUAAUAGGGCCAAUGCUGCCGGAUGAUAAUGCCAAUUCGCACAGCGGCGAAGAAAUGGCGAGCUUCAGUCCCAACAUUAACGACGACGGUGGGGUGAAGCCGAAUGUUCCCGCAAUUGCUGGUGGUGGUCCUGUUGUGAGCAACGAUUUUCGUGGAAAAAUUACCCCGGUAGAUACGACGAGCUCCAAGGUAGAGCCCCAGUUUGGUAACAGUGGUCCGAUUGGCGACAUCAGGAUAAGAGAUCCACGUCGUCCGACUGAUGUCCGAUUCAAUCCACAGUGGGGCAUCCGGGGACCUAUGCCUGGUCCAAAUGCCAUGCCAGGAGUUGUGGGUCCACCAAUGAUGAACCAAAGACUGCCGGGGCCUAUGUUGAACCCAUGGGAUCAGACUCCAUUCGCGAAAAUGAAUCAAAAUGUGGUUCCACCACCACCGAUGGCACCUCGUUUCCCACCAGUUCCAUUGAAUAAUGGACCCCAGUCCAACAUGCUCAUGCCUGGAGUCCCCAAGCAGAAUGAAAGCGUGAGAACCAUCAAUAUCGAUGGUAUUCAAAGGGAAAUCCGUUUCUACGAUGAUAUCGCUGUAAUUUUUAUGAGCUGGGACGAACCGAAAGAAAUCGGUUUCCAGAAAGGCUCCCGAAUGGUUGUUGUCGAUGAUCGAGAUUCCUUCGAGCUUAGUUUCAACGAGUGCUACAAAGCCAUCACCAUUGAGGGCAAGGUCUACCAAAUGAAGUUGGGUGCUCCCACCAGGGAAUUGUACAUAGAUGAUCGAUGGUAUGAGUGCUACUUUGGGGAUCCGCCGACGAACAUCGUAUUGGAUGGAAUCAAUCGAGUGUUCAAAAUCAGUGGCCCGGCUCCACAGGUGAAGAUCGGCAACAGCCGUAAUGAUCUAGUCGCUGGUAAAAUCAAUAUGAUCGUUAAUGCAGAGAUCAUCAUUCCGGUAUUUCUUGACUCCCAAAUUCAAACCUUUGAAAUAUACGGUCAAAUGCACAGACUACAGUUUGCUGAUUUCCUACUAACGGUAAUAAUCGAUGAUCAGCCCUUCCUCGUGGAAUACGGUGGUCUGCCUAAGGUGUUCAAGCUUAGAGGGAAGGAUUUCUAUAUACGGUUUACCGCUGUACCAAAAGUUGUCGUUCCCGGACGCGUCUACAUUAGGGAUAUGAUUCGAACUCCACUUCAUCGCGAUCUGCGAACACCUCCAAGAGACCAAAACCUCCUGAUCCCGUUCGUUCAACCAAUGAACAGUAUGAUGUCUUCAAUGGCUGCAUCUUCUGCUGUGCCUUCGUUGUUCCCAGCAGGAGCUAGUAUGCAACCGAAGCACUCCGCUACCGUUCAUCCCACUGCCACUGGUUUGGAUUACCUCACCAAUCUGAUGCCGCAUUCGACGCCGCACUCAAACGUUUCAAACAAUUUGGCCGGUUACCAAAUUCAAGCCGAAGAUAAACCGCUCGCACCACCUGUAGCAGCAGCUCCAGCAAAACCCGCCUCCGGUGGGUUGAACUUGCCAAUUCUCCAGAAUCUCAACAUCGACGAACUCUACGCCAAGAUCGUUGCUGCCGGUAUUAUUGGCAAAACUACAACUACCACUGCUACGACCGCUCCGUCCACCUCUACCAGCACCACUUCAUCAACUGCCUCUAAACUGGAGAAAGCCCUCGAAGAAGAAAUCGAGGACAUUGAACCGGUAUACCUCAACAAACCAGAAACGUUGAAACGGCGUCAAUCAGCAAUCGUUGCGCAGCUGUUCCUCGGAAUGCAAUGCAGCAGUUGCGGCGUUCGAUUCCCACCGGAGCAAACCAUGAAGUACAGCCAACACUUGGACUGGCACUUCCGGCAGAAUCGCCGCGAUCGGGACUCGGCUCGGAAGGCUCACUCGCGCAAGUGGUACUACGACGUGUCCGAUUGGAUCCAGUACGAGGAGAUCGAGGACCUGGAGGAACGGGAAAAGAAUUGGUUCGAAGCGCAACAAACCGAACAGCUGGAGUUCAAUGGUGAUGGGGAAACGGGAAGCGGUCGACCCGGGGCAGAAACGCCCCCGCCAAGCUGUCCGGCUGGUUCGGACGAAGCGAGCAAACGGUGCCACAUGUGCCAUGACGAAUUCCAACAGUUCUACAACGAAGAAACGGAAGAGUGGCACCUGAAGAAUGCGAUACGCGUCGAGGAAUGCACGUAUCACCCGCUGUGCUACGAAGACUACAAGGCAUCGCUAACGUUGGACGAAACGGCCAUGAAUGCGACCAACGAGGAGGGAGACGAAAGCAAGACUGAUGACGACGUGAAGGUGAAGCAGGAGGCGAUCAGCGACGCUGACGAUACCGUGAAGGAAAUCACCAUCGAUGACGAUGACGACGUAAUUGUUCUGCCACCAUCCGAAGAAGUCGUAACGGAAAUUCCGGACGACGACGACAUCGAAACGGUGGAUUCGCAUUCGACGGCGGACGAUACCCGAGGAGCCACAUCUUCCGUGACUGCGGUCGACGACGAUAGUAGUAAACCGUCAACCGAGGCAGCCCAAAGCUCCGAACCGCCGGCACCGAAGAUCAUCGAAACGCGAAUCGAUGACGACAUCGCCAUCCAAGAGCCCACCAUCGAACGGAUCGACGUGAACGAUCUGGACGACAGCGAUGCCCACAUGAGUGCGGCGGCCCCGGCGAUAACGGACGAAUGUUCCCAAAUGUCGGUCAAGGUGAAGGAAGAACCGAAAGACGACGACGAGGACGACGUGGAUGAAGAGGACGAGCUGUUCGAGGAUGUAGGAACUAUCGAGUCCUCGAUGGUGGAGAACGUAAAGGAAGCAGACACGGUUGACCUGGAAGCGAUCGAUUCGCCACCGUCGCCUCCACUGGAGAGCACCAGUCAGGCCCAGCUGAAGCCCUCGAUCGAUGGCAACGUCGAGAUGCAGGAUAACCUCACGACCGGUGUCAUCACGAACCGAAUCAAAAUCAAUAUCACAAAGGCAAAGACCACAACGGCGGCCACAACCGGUAGCACCACUACGAACAGCAGCUACAGCACGACCGGCGGUGGAUCGAGCAUUGCCGUGCUGAUCAGUGGCGGAGGCGGAAGCGGAGCGGUGGCCAGUUACGACAACUGCAACGACGAUCUGCUCUACGGUAAUCUCGAUGACAUCCACGGCGGCCACCACGACAGCAACAGCAGCAGUAUGAUGGUAAAGAUGCAUGAAGAUGAAGAAUUAGAACAAGAUGCUAAUAAUAAAGGACCGGUCCCGCCGACCAAUGAAGAAACGACUGAUAUUGAUUAUGACUUGAAGCCGAGUCUGCGGGGCAUUAUAUUCACCCGGCAGCCUCGCGUCGAGAACGGGUUCGAAACGUCCGGUCUCUGUUCCAUUAUGUAAGAACUUUGAACUCGGUACUUGAGAAAGUGUGGCGAAAACUAAAAUGUGAUAUUAGGUCAUUUCCCCUAAGAAAAAAGGCAUGCCCAAGGCACCAAUCAGCACGGGUUAAUGGCUCAUUAUGUGUAGUAAAAAGAAACAAGCUAUUAGUCAUCUAAGUCAGUAAACUAGGAACGAAUUGAACUGGUUCUUUUUGUAGAAAGUUCAGAGUACUACCCUGUCAAACACACAAGAAAGAAACGGAAAAGGGGAAUCACAUUUUACCCUACAAUAGAAUUCGCUGUGAGCACCCAUCAUGGCUUCAUAGAUUUAAGUUUUGUAGUUUUGAAGAAAUAUGAGCGGAAAUAAAUGGAAUCAUAUCCUUCUCCCCCCAUCACCGCCCUUCCCACCGGAAGUCUCACCCGUCGAAACGGCGCAAUCAAACUAGACGAGAAAUUUCUCCAACGAGGAAAGUGCAAAGAGACCAUUUGCAAUAAAAAAGAAAACCAUGAAUUUCACGUUUGCUUUAGUAGUGUGUCUUUAUCUGUGGUUAGCGAAAGAAAUUUUACUGUAGUUUCCUGCGUUAGAGAAAUUGAAUAAUCCUUGAGGGAAGAUUUUGUCAUGCAACACGCUUAGUAUUACUUUUUUUUUCAUUAGAAUCAAACUUGAGUUUUGUACAUAUUUCCUGUAGGCAAAUAACAAUGAAUUAUUAUUUCUGUUGGAGAAAAACAUGAUUUGUUUUAAUUUUCUUCUUAGCGAGUAGAAAAAGUGCAACAUCCACAAAGUGGUUUGUGGAACAGGGGCGACGCUCAUUUAAUUGGGGAUAAAUGAACGUUAGAAUAUUACAAAAUAAAUGAAAAUAAACAAUGAUAAUUGCUGUUUUUUCUUACAUCCAAUAUAAACAACCAACGAAAUAAAGUACUAUCUGAGAACAAAACUAUAAUCGUAGAAUGUUAUCUGUUUCGCUGUCUCUAUAUGACAUAUGCAUUAAGGGCAAAUAAAUCAAAUACGAUAAGAA